AUGGACGUUAGAGUUUUCUCUGGGAUAGAAGUACGGACCCAUCGUUUUCCCUUCAAAGUCCGGGCAACGUCCGAGAGGGCUGCUGAGAAGCAGAUCCAGCAACUCUUGUUUCCACAGUCUCGCCGAAAAAAAAUCAGGACUCAAGGUGACCGAGUUUGGGACGUAGAUUCGUUUUGA